GUGUGUCUGAUUCCAACAUCAGCUCACGGCACAAAUCCAGCAUCAGCUCAUAUGGCUAACAUGAAAGUCGUCGUAGUAAGCUCAGACAAGCAUGGCAACAUUAACUACAAGGACCUAGCGGCUAAAUCCUCCAUUCGCGAUGUAAUUGACAAAGUUCAUGAAUGUGGUGGUCAAGUCUACUUGGAUGGAGCAAAUAUGAAUGCGCAGGUGGGACUCUGCCGUCCUGGUGAUUACGGUAGCGAUGUGUCGCAUCUGAAUCUUCACAAGACGUUCUGUAUUCCACAUGGUGGUGGUGGGCCAGGUGUUGGUCCCAUUGGAGUAAAGAAACACCUGGCUCCAUUCCUCCCAGGACAUCCAGUCAUUCCCGUCGAAGGCCGAUCACAUGGCGCUGUUGCCAGCGCCCCCUGGGGUUCAGCCAGGUGCGUCAUAUCUCAAAUGGUUUUUCCGCGUGGUGAUCCGGACAGCUCAACUAUUUUCAGUAUCAUGCCUAUCACAUGGGCCUACAUUCGCAUGAUGGGCCACGCUGGACUAAAGAAAGCAUCACAAGUUGCGAUAUUGAACGCAAAUUACAUGGCAAGGAGGCUGGAGAAGGCAUACAAAAUCGUAUACAAAGGUAGUUUUUCUUUAGCAUACCCUAAUUCAACUCGAAGUUGUCUAUAAGA